UUCCCCGGUCCCCGGCCGCGGCCUCUACACCCGCGGCGGCAGCAUCUACAAUCGCGGAGCCGCCGAUGCGCGUCCAGUGACCGGGACGGCUAGGCCCGCGCGCGGCGGGGGCAGCGGCAGACGCCUGGCCACCGUGACCCCAAUUUUGGAUUUACCGCUCGGGGGGUGGGGGGAACCUGGAUUUAACUGGCGACUGUUUUGGGGGACGCCGGACGCCAUGUUGUGGAAAAUAACCGAUAAUGUCAAGUAUGAAGAGGACUGUGAGGAUCGCCACGACGCGAGCAGCAAUGGGAACCCGCGCCUGCCUCACCUCUCCUCCGCCGGGCAGCAUCUCUACAGCCCCGCGCCGCCCCUCUCCCAUGCUGGAGUCGCCGAAUACCAGCCACCACCCUACUUUCCGCCUCCCUACCAGCAGCUGGCUUACUCGCAGGCAGCCGACCCCUACUCGCAUCUGGGAGAAGCGUACGCCGCCGCCAUCAACCCCCUGCACCAGCCGGCGCCCACCGGCAGCCAGCAGCAGGCCUGGCCGGGCCGCCAGAGCCAGGAGGGGGCUGGCCUGCCCUCGCACCACGCGCGCCCGGCCGGCCUGUUGCCCCACCUCUCCGGGCUGGACGGCGGCGCCGUGAGCGCCCGCAGGGACGCCUACCGCCGCUCGGACCUGCUGCUGCCCCACUCUCACGCCCUGGACGCCGCGGGCCUGGCCGAGAACCUGGGGCUCCACGACGUGGCGCAGCAGAUGGAGGAGGUGCAGAAUGUCGACGACCAGCACCUACUUCUGCAUGAUCAAACGGUUAUUCGCAAAGGUCCUAUUUCAAUGACGAAGAACCCCUUGAGUCUCCCUUGUCAGAAGGAGCUGGUGGAGGCUGUGAUGAAUCCCAGCGAGGUCUUCUGCUCGGUCCCUGGAAGAUUGUCCCUCCUCAGCUCUACAUCUAAAUACAAAGUAACAGUUGCUGAAGUCCAGAGGCGACUGUCCCCGCCUGAGUGCUUAAAUGCCUCAUUACUGGGAGGUGUCCUCAGAAGAGCCAAAUCUAAAAAUGGUGGCCGGUCCUUGCGGGAGAAGUUGGACAAGAUUGGGUUGAAUCUUCCAGCCGGGAGACGGAAAGCUGCUCACGUCACCCUCCUGACAUCUUUAGUAGAAGGUGAGGCUGUUCAUUUGGCUCGGGACUUUGCCUAUGUCUGCGAAGCAGAAUUUCCUAGUAAAUCCGUGGCCGAGUAUUUAACCAGACCUCAUCUCGGAGGACGGAAUGAGAUGGCAACUAGGAAGAAUAUGCUGCUGGCUGCACAGCAAGUGUGUAAAGAAUUCACAGACCUUCUCAAUCAAGACCGAACUCCCAAUGGGAACAACCGGCCCACCCCGGUCCUGGAGACCAGCAUCCAGAACUGCUUGUCUCAUUUCAGCCUGAUUACCCACGGGUUUGGCAGCCAGGCCAUCUGUGCUGCUGUGUCUGCCGUGCAGAACUACAUAAAAGAAGCCCUGAUGGUCAUAGACAAAUCCUACAUGAAUCCCGGAGACCAGAGUCCAGCCGAUUCUAGCAAAGCCCUGGAAAAGAUGGAGAAGCACAGGAAGUAAAACAGGGGUGAACAAAGGGCCGAAGAGUCUGGAAGGAAAAGGACUCCAAAACCGGUCUCGACCAGGACAAACUGGGAACCCCGCUUGCCUGGGGGACAGAGUUUGUUAUCCACCUUCCCAUGAAAAGGGCCUCCGUCGAUUUCCAGAUCUUCACGUGCCCUCCUGGAUUCCUUAGUAUUUAAGGAGUGCUGAAGUGUCUCCUAAACUCUGGACGAGCUGUCAGGAGGCAACAAGUGCUGGUUCUUUACCCAUUAAGCUGAUAUUUUAUUUUUUGGAACCCCAUUCUUCCUUUCUCUGAAAGUGGUGCUACAAGUUUUGGAAGCUUUUAAAUAAAUUCCCUGGGCUAACAAAAAACCCCACACACAUAGCUGUUGAAAUGUCAGAUUGAUGUGAUUCAGAUCCACAAUAACGUUCAGUGUUAAAGUAAAAGUAUUUAUGUACCCUCUUCAGUCUCAUCCUACAUACCGCAGGAGGCAAGGAUUCUAUCCGCUUAAGAACUGGUUAAUAGGUGGUAUUUGACACACUUUAAAUCCCUUGUUCACAGGGACCCUUCGGGUUUUACGAAACUUGUAGAAGCAAAGCCUGCUGAUGAUUUUAUGUUUUUCUUUUUAAGAAAAAAACAAAACAAAACAAAACUUUGAAAGUUAACUCUUCAAAUAGGAGGAGACUCUUUGAAAAGACAUGUUCCUUUAAGGUACGGAAGCUUUAUUUUGCGUAUUUAUUUCACAUCUUGGUGUUUCGAGAAAACUUGAAAAGGGGUGGGCGUGAAGCAUUUUUUUUUUGCUGUCUCUCAUCCCAAGUCCCAGAGGAGAUUCUGUAUUUUGAGAAGCUGCGUUGAGUGUACAGAUUUUAUUUAUGCAUAAUUUAAUGGGGUCUGUAAAUACGGGUGCACUUCUUAUGACUUUUUGAGAAAUGGGAUUCAACUUUAAUAUUAGCUUUUAAAGGUGACGGGGUAAUCUAAGACACAUCUUUAGGCUUUAUUCAUAUGUACACAGGGUAUUAAGAGUUAAGAGGAUCCUGAGUGCUGUUCUCGACUCUGGAAGACUCUAAUUUAAUUGAAGCUGUCUGUUCACAAGGCAAUAACUUUGUCGUAUUCCUGUUGGGCUGACCCCGAAGAUGAGUGUGAAGUACAGUGUGUGUGGGUGAAAACGGAGUUUUGGAAUUGAACUCCUUGCCUGUAAAUGUUCCCUAAAUAAUUGUUAUGUAUAUGA